AAAUAAAUGUUUAAGUAGAUAAAAUAUGAUCUAGCAGAAAGGAAUAUAGAAAAUAAAGUAAGUAUUGAUCUUUAUCUUCUAAAAAUAAAAACGCUUAAAAGAUUAUAUGACGUAUUUAAUGUUCAUCGAAAUUACUGCCUUUCCACGUAACCAAUUCUAGCAACCUUAAAACCUCAGCUUUUCUCUAUCUUGUCCCUUGUAUACACUCUUUCAGUAUUAUAGUUGUCCAAAAUCUUUACAGUACUAAUAAUGGCGGAACCCAAGAUCUUCGAACUGAACAAUGGUGGCAUGAUAGUCAAAGUUUCCAAUUUGGGUUGUACCAUUCUCUCUUUAUCUGUACCUGAUAAACAUGGGAAUUUGGGUGAUGUGGUUCUUGGAUUUGAUACCCUCGAGCCAUACCAGAAAGGUUUAGGGUCAUUCUUUGGGUGCAUUGUGGGUCGAGUAGCAAAUAGGAUUAAAGAAGGAAAGUUUUCUCUGAAUGGAGUUGAUUACACUUUACCCAUCAAUAAGCCCCCAAACAGCCUCCAUGGUGGUCACAAGGGUUUUGACAAGGUUGUGUGGGAGGUUGCUGAACACAAGGAGGGUGAACAUCCAUCAGUUACCUUUAAGUAUCAUAGUUGUGAUGGCGAAGAAGGUUACCCAGGAGAUCUUUCUGUUUCUGCAACUUACACGCUUACCUCUAAGACGACACUCAGACUUGACAUGGAAGCCGUGCCUGUAAAUAAGCCUACUCCUGUCAGUUUAGCCCAGCAUACCUAUUGGAAUCUUGGUGGCCAUAACUCAGGAGAUAUUCUCGACAACACAGCCCAGCUUUGGGCAAAUCAUGUCACUCCUGUUGAUCAGAACCUGAUCCCAACCGGAGAAAUAAUGCCUGUGAAAGGCACUCCAUUUGAUUUCACCACUGAAAAGCAGAUUAGCCGUGAUAUCCAGCAGUUUGGCAUAGGGUAUGACCAUAAUUAUGUGCUCGACUGUGGAGAUGAGAGAGAUGGCUUGAAGCAUGCUGCAAGAAUCAAGGAUCCUAAGAGCUCCCGGGUACUCGAUUUAUGGACCAAUGCUCCUGGCAUGCAGUUUUAUACUGCAAACUUUGUCAAUGGAGUUGUUGGUAAAGGUGGAGCUGUGUAUAACAAGCAUUCUGCAGUCUGUUUAGAGACUCAAGGGUUUCCAAAUGCUGUCAACACACCAAAUUUCCCCUCAAUUAUCGUUCAGCCUGGUGACAAGUACAUACACAACAUGGUGUAUGAAUUUUCAGUUGAAUAGAUUGUUAUUAGGAUUUGUUGAAGUGACAAUAAGCUAAAUAAAGGUGCUUUUUAGUUUGUUAGGUCCGUGUCCUAUUUGCUGGAUGGAACUAAGAUGUAAGCAUUUGAUCUGCGAGUACCAGGAGAAGAGAAGAGUGACUUGUCGGUCUA